AUGGAGACCGUGCUGAAGCGACAGCUCUCUACCGCGGGAUACAUCGGCCGCUUCUGGGACAACCUCGUCAAGAUCGGAAGGGAUAAGAUGACGCGACCUUACCUCGUCGCGCGUUUGGAUCUUCUCGAGUGUUACUGGACGCGUUUUUUGCAAACUCAUGACGAGCUACUGGCUUUUGAGACGCUCGGAUCCACCGACUAUGUCAAACAGGAUAUUUACACCGCGACGGAAGACCGUUACCUCGACUCCAAGGCGCGCAUCGCGGCGAGCAUGCCGGCUCCGAAAGCGCCCGAAACGGCGGGCGGCAAGAGCGAUGCGUCCACAGUGCUGCGACAGAUUCAACUCCCAAAAAUCGACUUGCCUACGUUCAACGGCGAUCAAUUAGCCUGGGAGGGGUUCCGAGAUCUAUUCAAGUCGCUCGUGCAUGACGUCGAAGGACUCGCUCCGAUUCAGAAGCUCCAAUAUUUGAAGGCCAAUCUGACGGGCGACGCGGCGGCCGUCAUCGCGAAUAUCGAAAUUACUGCACAAGGUUACACUUCGGCGUGGGAGGAGCUUGUCGCUCGCUACGAUAAUAAGAGCGUUUUAAUGGCGACACACAUGCGUGCCCUGCUCUCUGCUACGCCGAUCACAAAGCCGUGUGCCGCGGAAAUCAAUCGCUUAGUAAGCACCGUGAAUCAAGCUCAACGCUCAUUCAAAUCCAUGGGCCGUCCGGUCGAUCACUGGGACGACUGGUUCGUCCAUAUUUUAAUAGAGAAGCUUGAUUCAUCAACGCGAUUGCUCUGGGAAUCCUUUCGCGACCUGAGUCAGGACUUCCCGUCGUUCUCGGACUUGAAGGACUUUCUGUCGUCUCGCGCGCGCGCCCUCGACGCAGCCAACCCUCGCGUUCAACCGGUUGCCGCAAAGACAGCGAAACCGAGGCGCUCCGGCCGCCGAGAUGACGUAUCGUUGAACGCGACGUCCACUGGAUCCAACGACAAGAGCGCCUCUUGUCCCCUCUGUCGGGAGCAACACGCUAUGCGCUCGUGCACGAAGUUCAAGGCUCUUUCCGUCGAAAAUCGACGCGAACAGGUCCGCAAACGAAAGGCCUGCUCGAACUGUCUAGGGCAAGGCCACGUUGCCGCGGCGUGCCCUUCCAGCAACAGAUGCCGUCUCUGCAACGAACCUCAUCAUACGUUGCUGCACGGCGGUAGCUCGGAAGCGGCUCAUCCCAAGGCGGACAAGCCGGCCUGCGCUUCUACGGCGAGCGACCAGUCGAGCCCUCCAAGUAACCCCACAGAGGUCACCGCGUUGUCGAGCUCUGUAUCGGGCACCGUAUUGCUUGCCACAGCCAUCGUCAAGCUUUUCGCAGACGCUGGACAAAGCGUAACCGCCCGCGCACUGCUCGAUUCGGGCUCUGAAGCGUCGUUCGUGUCGGAGCGCGUAGCUCAGCAGCUUAAGCUGUCAAGAAGACGCGCCAACGUAACCGUCUGCGGUCUACAAGGCGUUAACACGGGUCGCGCGACCCACUCAGUCUCACUGCUGGUCGGAUCUAUCCGCUCCCCCUCGAUGCGCGUCGCCCUGCCGCGGGUCCUGGUACUACCCCGGCUCACCACGCUCACUCCGAGAAGGCGGGUUCAGAGAGGAGCGUGGCCGCAUUUGCGCGGGCUCGAACUGGCCGACCCUGAGUUCGACCAACCGUCCAAAAUUGAUAUCGUCUUAGGAGCGGACGUCUAUGGUUUUCUCCUUCAAGGUGGCGUCAAGCGGGGCGCCACGGGAGACCCCUCCGCUCAUUCCACGGUCUUCGGAUGGGUGCUCAUGGGGCCGAUAUCGGAACCCGAUGGCACGUCAGGAAGCCCAGCCGCUGUCCAUCACGCUAUCACCCUGCAAGAUCUCCAUUCCGACCUACGGCGGUUUUGGGAGAUAGAGGAGGUCUCGGGAGACGCCGUGCCUACCCCGGAGGACGCUGAGUGCGAGAAGAUAUUCGCGGAAUCUCACGCUCGCAGCCCAGAGGGGCGCUACAUAGUCCGCCUGCCUCGCACGACGACAUCCUCCGUCGGCCUUGGCGAGUCGCGACCCGGCGCUCUGAAGAUGCUGCUCUCAACAGAGCGGCGCCUAGAGCGGAACCCACCGCUCAAAACCAAGUACCAGGAGUUCAUGGAUUCCUAUCUUACCUUAGGCCACAUGGAGCACGUCGCUCAAGACGACGCGCGUCGGGAGGUAUACUACAUGCCGCAUCACGCCGUCGUCAAGCAGUCGGAUCCGGAAGGCAAAAUACGAGUGGUCUUCAACGCAUCGUUUCGCACGUCCUCUGGAGCCUCUCUCAAUGACCUGCUGCUCCCGGGCCCGAAGCUGCAGGCGGACCUUUGGCUGGUUCUCACGCGAUGGCGACUCUUCCAGUUUGCAUUCACCGCGGACAUCGUCAAGAUGUUCCGCCAGAUACGCAUCCACCCCGACGAUGCGGACCUUCAACGCAUUGUAUGGCGGGCGGAUCCGUCUGGCAGGCUGCUGGACUAUCGCCUCACGACGGUCACCUACGGCACGGCUUCAGCGCCGUAUCUGGCCCACCGCACACUGCUGCAACUUGCACUAGACGAGAGCUCACGCUUUCCGCGGGGUGCACAAGUCGUACAUUCACACAUGUACGUGGACGACGUGUUGGCGGGCGCCAGCACAAUCGACGACGCCCUGGAGGUGCAGCGGCAGACUGCAGGACUGCUCAAUUCCGGCGGUUUCCCGCUGGGCAAAUGGGCCGCUUCGCACGCCGCUCUCCAACCGAAUGAUGGGCCCUCCACCGAGCGACUCUUCACCAGAACUGACUGCGUUGGAGCGCUUGGCAUCCUUUGGACGCCUACUCAGGAUACUCUACGACUACGCGCAGUCCCGGCAUUAACAUCCGUGGACUCGCCCACCAAGCGGACGAUCCUGUCGGACGUAGCGCGACUGUUUGAUCCCGCCGGCUGGGCCGCACCUGCUCUCGUCGGGGCGAAAAUCCUCCUCCAGGAUCUCUGGACUACCGGGCUGGAUUGGGACCAGCGAUUACCUCCACCUCUGGAGGAGCGCUGGAGACGAUUCGCCGCCGCCUUGCCGGACCUCGAGAGCCUGAGGAUUCCUCGAUGGACCGGAGUGUCGGACAUGUCCUCCGUCCAGCUGCACGGCUUCUCGGACGCCUCGGAGAGAGCGUACUCAGCCACGGUCUUCGUGCGUGGACCAGGAUCAGCGGGCCAGGUAGCAGCCUGUCUCCUGGUAGCAAAGACCAAGGUGGCGCCGGUAAAGCCGUUAUCAGUCCCUAGACUUGAGCUCUGCGGGGCUCUGCUAACGGCAAGACUCCUCUCGCUUGCCGCCAAAGGUCUCAACAUCCCGGGCGACCGCCUAUAUGGUUGGACGGAUGCCAGAGUGGUACUCCAUUGGCUGCAGGGACAUCCAUCACGCUGGACGCCGUUUGUGGCCAACCGAGUAGCUGCAAUACACGACAUUGUUCCAGCCGGAUGCUGGCGACACGUGUCCACAGCGGAGAAUCCGGCGGACGCAGCCACACGAGGCCUUACACCCACCGAAUUAGCGAACUUACGCUUGUGGUGGAAGGGUCCGCCAUGGCUCGAGCUCCCUAGCGAGUGCUGGCCCUGCGACGCGCGAGGCGAGGAGGGAGGCGAGGAGCGACAAGCCCUCACCACUGUCGUUCAACCAACCGGGGGUGGAAACGAGUUACUCGACCGAUUCUCCUCUCUGACUAAAUUGAUAAGAGUUUCAGCCUUCUGCCUUAGACUUCUUAGGAGGCCGAACACGUCGCGGAGCAACGGUCUCUCAACCGCCGAGCUUAACGACAGCCUUCUACGAUGGCUUCGGGUCGCCCAGGUGCAGGACUACGCCGGGGAGAUUGAACGACUCUCCACAGGCGCAUCUCUGCCCAAGAGAUCGCCCUUAGCGGCCCUGCGUCCCAUACUUGGACCAGACGGCUUACUUAGGGUUGGUGGCCGCCUGGAACGCGCCUCACUUUCAUACGAUGAACGACACCCCGUGAUCCUGGCGAGAACUAACGCCUUAUCAUUGCUGCUGGUGCGGGAUGCCCAUCAAAGGACGUUGCACGGGGGACCCCAGCUGACACACAGCGUACUCUGCCGUAAAUACUGGGUCGUCCAUGCCAGGUCACUAAUCCGCGCCGAGCUCCACCGCUGUGUGCCAUGCGCGCGUUUCCGUGGUCAGACUGCUACUCAGCAGAUGGACCAACUCCCGGCAGAUCGAGUCCUUCCGACGCGACCCUUCAACACGACCGGUGUAGACUAUGCCGGGCCGAUCCUCUUACGUACCUCGAAAGGCCGAGGUCACAAGGCCUACAAGGGCUAUAUUUGUUUAUUUGUUUGUAUGGCUACCCGGGCCAUACACUUGGAAGCCGUCUCUGAUUUAACGACUGAUUCAUUUCUAGCGGCCUUCAAACGCUUUGUCGCUCGACGCGGUCGCUGCUCACGGCUCGUCAGCGACAACGGCACAAACUUCCACGGGGCGGACAAAGAGCUCCGUGCCCUGUUCAAGGGAGCAUCGGAGUCCUUCCAGAUGUGUCGGAACCAACUCGCAGCGGAUGGCACCGAGUGGAGCUUCAUCCCCCCUUCUGCCCCUCACUUCGGCGGGCUGUGGGAGGCGGGCGUGAGGUCGACCAAACACCACCUUCGUCGAGUACUUGGGUCACACACGCUGACUUACGAGGAGCUCUCUACACUCCUUAGUGAGAUCGAGGCGUGCCUCAACUCACGCCCCUUGCAUCCGAUGAGCGGAGACGCGAGCGACUUAGCCGCGUUAACGCCCGGUCACUUCUUGAUCGGAGAGGCACCAGUCAAUGUGCCGGGACCCUCGACCCUGACGGACCCACCAAGGUCGCUCAACUUACGCUGGAGACUUGUUACUAACAUGCGCGAUCAUUUUUGGUCCAGGUGGUCCCGAGAAUAUCUGCAUCAUCUCCAGCAGCUGGGAAAGUGGAGACAGCGUUUGGAGAACGUCCAGCCAGGAGAACUGGUCCUCAUCAAGGACGAACUGCAGCCCCCCGCCAAGUGGGCGCUGGGACGGGUUCGCCAAGUACACCCCGGCGGCGACGGACUGACGCGGGUCGUGACCCUAGACACGUCGUCAACAACGCUGACCCGCCCGAUCACCAAGGUUGUCCCUCUGCCAGUUUCGGGAACCCAGACCGAGAACAGGCCCUAA